UGUGUGCACGUGUUGAUCUACAGCAGCUGUUAGCUUCGCUUCUCUGUGCUGUAAAUAAUAAACAGGCUAACAGCGGAGCUAAUGUUCAGUUAGCCGGCUGAGCUAACGCUAACAGCGCUGCUAUCGUUAGCAUGAAGCUAAAACAGAACCGCUGCUGAAGCGGAGCAACAACAAGCUGCUGCUAACUUACCGGAUAACUUACCGUCUAACCCCGUUACCACCGGACCGAGCGGCUUACCGGGACCUCCGGUAGCCGACAUUCAGCAGCUGCUGGCGAACAUACGGCGAGCUGUGGCUGCGCAAGAGUCAGUGACGCCCCGUCAGCCCUGAUGGCCUCCCAGAACAUGGACCCGGCAGCGGCAGCAGCUUCCUCCACAGCCGCCCUGAAGGGCAGCGAGACGGGCGGCAGCGCGGCCAGAGGCUCGGUGUCCAAACGGUUGCAGCAGGAGCUCAUGACUCUGAUGAUGUCAGGUGACAAGGGGAUCUCAGCGUUUCCAGAAUCAGAUAAUCUCUUCAAAUGGAUCGGGACCAUCGAUGGACCUCAAGGGACAGUGUACGACGGCCUCAGGUACAGGUUGUCUCUGGAGUUCCCGGCUGGUUAUCCGUACCAGGCUCCUCGUGUGAAGUUCGUCACCUCGUGUUUUCAUCCCAACGUGGACGAACAAGGUUUCAUCUGUCUGGACAUCCUGAAGGACAAGUGGUCGGCGCUGUACGACGUCCGCUCCAUCCUCCUGUCCGUCCAGAGCUUGCUGGGAGAACCGAACAACGAGAGUCCUCUGAACACGGCGGCCGCGGAGCUCUGGGACGAUCAGGAAGGCUUUAAAGCUCAUCUACACUCGACCUUCCAGAAGUGAAGCUGCUCCACGUUUCCUCCUUCUUCUGUUUGUCUUCUGUGUUUGUACAAUAUUUUUAUGUUUGUUCACCUCGCUGUAUCAAUAAAGUUCUUAACUCGA